UACUACAUGGUUAUUUGUCACCAUACCAGCCACGGGAAGAUUCCCGGCAAAUCGAACGGGGUAAAAGGAUGGUACAGUUGGGGAGGGAAGGAGCAUGAGACUCACGAUUAUUCCUAUGUUGUUGUUAAAGGUGGUCAUCACCAUGGUGGAUUCAAUCCUAACCCAGGGCAUCACCAUGGAGGCUUUAAUCCAGGGCCAGGACAUCACCAUGGUGGUUUCAAUCCUGGGCCAGAACAUCAUCAUGGAGGAUUCAAUCCUGGGCCUGAGCAUCACCAUGGUGGUCUCAAUCCUGGGCCAGAGCAUCACCAUGGUGGAUUUAAUCCCGGGGCAGAGCAUCACCAUGGUGGUUUCAAUCCUGGGCCAGGACAUCACCAUGGAGGAUUCAAUCCUGGACCAGAACAUCAUCAUGGUGGUUUCAAUCCUGGGCCAGGGCAUCACCAUGGUGGAUUUAAUCCCGGAAACCAUCGUGGAGGCUUUGGAUCUCAUCAGUAGAUUCUGAAUGAUAGAUUAUUUUCCGUACAGUUUAACCGUGUUGAAGAAUUUGUUAAAUUACUUGAUUACAUUCUCAGACUUAUCACCCCU